AUGGCACUAUUCACAACUCAUUUAAAACAGUAUGAACGAAUGAUAGACUCAUUAGAUUCAUGUUCUCUUCAUCAAUGUUCAAAUUUGCCAUAUAGUACAUGCCAACAUUGUGCUCGUCACUUUUGUCAUAAUCAUUCGAAUGAACAUGAAAAUCGAUGCAAUCAAACAUUAUCACAUCUACUUACCACUAUUGAUAAACUUGUUGUUCGAUUAUCAUCUAUUCAACCGUAUUGUCUCGAACAACUUGAACAAUGGAGUGACCAAGCUCAUCAAUCUAUCAAUUAUUACUGUAAAAAAAAACGUUAUGAUUUAAUUGAAAAAAAGCAAGAACAUUUAGAGGAAGAACUUACUAAUCUUCGAAAUAUAUUAGAUGAAUCGAUUGAAGAACAAAAUGGAAUACAUAAUCAAUUUAAUAAAAUCAAUCAUGAUAUUCAAUUAAUAGAAGUUAAACUUAUUGAACUUGAACAUCUUCGAUUAACACAUCGUCCAUUAAUCAUUGAUGAAAAUCUAAUUAGUUUACAAUGUCUUUUUCCUUUAUCUCAUCCUCAUCAUACAAUUCAUAUUAAAUCUGGUAAUGAAAGCUCUAUUGCUAGUAAUCAAAGCCAUCUUCUCGUCGAACGAGAAGGUAAACAUCUAUGUUUAUUAGAUCGAAAUUUUACUGUUGUUAAGGAUAUACCAUUUUAUCAUAAUGGUGUUCAUAGUAUUUGUUGGUCAUCGAUAAUCAAUCGAUUUAUUAUCAUUACUUUUAAAGAAAUCUUUACUCUUGAUGAUAAAACAAUGACACUUGAAAAAUGCUCUAUAUCAUCAAAUAUGGACUGGUGGCGUGCAGCGUCUUCGCAUGAUACUUUAUUUUUAUCAUCAGCAAAAUGGGGUUCAUCAAUUCAUGAAUUUGAUCUUCGAUCACAAUUUCAAUUUAUUAAAGCAUGGUAUACACCAGUAACUUGUGGAGAAGAUGAAAUUAUUUGUGAUCUUAAAUAUAAUAAUAGUUUUCUUGCUAUUCCUAUAUUUAAUAAACAUAAAGAAGAAAGUCGUCUUGAUUUACGUUCAUCAAUAACACUCGAUUGUAUAUGGUCAAUUCGUAUUCAUGGACGUUGUCGUUGUUGUGCGAUUAAUGGUGAUCAAUGGUUAGUUAUGAAUCAUGAUGAUGGUCGAUUAUUUCAUAUUUCAGCUGGUGGACGACUCUUGAAAACGGAUAAAUAUCAACAUCAUCAAAGACUUGAAGAUAUAACAACUUGGAAUGAUAAUAUGAUCGUCGUUUUAACUAAGAAAACAAUCAAUUUACAUGAAGUUCGUUAG